GUGUUAAGCUACCAGUUAAGCUUUGUCGUGUCCAUCAGCAGGUCCACAGCUAUUGUCUUUAUGAGAUACGAAUAAAGUUUUAGAGGAGGAAAAAAGUCACAUGACCGCACAACAGCAAACCACAGCAGAGCAGGGGGAGGAGCUUAGUGUGUCCGCGCCGUACAGUCAGGACUGCUGUAUGACAAAGCCGGAGUAGCGUACUGAAUUUAGAGGAGAGACGCAAAAAAAGCACUGAUCCUAUCACGUUAGUUGAAGCCGCGAUGUGUUCAGCUCAGUAUCUGAGAGAGUUCAUCAAGGAGAGACUCACUGCUGCUUGUGAAGAAAUCUUCUCAGAGGUUCAAAAAACCAUCGUCCAUUAUGAGGAGGAGAUCGACCGUCAGCGCAGACUGCUGGAUAUCAGCCGGAAACCCGACACAAAGUCACACAUCACAGAUAUGCCACAACAACAUGAUUGUGAGGAAGAGGAGGGUCUCACAAACCAACAGGUCUGUAACCAGGAGAGGAUCUUCAGUACAGACCAGGAGUACCCAGAGCCUCCACAGAUUAAAGAGGAGCAGGAGGACCCAGAGCUUCCACAGAUUAAAGAGGAACAGGAAGAUCCACAGCCUCUACAGAUUAAAGAGGAGCAGGAGGACCCAGAGCUUCCACAGAUUAAAGAGGAACAGGAAGACCCACAACCUCUACAGAUUAAACAGGAGCAGGAGGAACCAGAGCCUCCGCAAAUUAAAGAAGAACAGGAGGAACUCUGUAAUGGUCAGGAGAGUAAGGAGCUUGGACUGAAGCAGAAAGCUGAUGCCUUUAUGGUAACUAUUACUUAUGAGGAAAGUGACCACAGUGAACCAGAACCAAACAGUGAGCAGCUUCUUUCUCAGAGCCCUUCUGAAGCAGAGGUUAAGAAGAGGAUACAUUGCAGAAAGAGACGUCACAGUCAGAGAGUAGACAACACUCCUGUGUCAGAGAAUCAGAGUCAAACUGACACAAGGAAGAAGUCUCUACAAUGUGACACCUGUGGAAAAGCUUUCAUAUAUAAAUCCCACCUGACCAGACACCUGAAAGUUCACAUGCUGGAGAAACCACAUUGUUGUAUCACCAGUGGGAAAAAAAUUGGUCAGAAAUCAGACUUGGAGCUUCAUGCAAGAAUUCACACUGGUGAAAAGUCAUAUUCCUGUAGCACAUGUCAUAAAAGAUUCAGGCAGAAGUCAGCCUUGAAUCAUCAUGCAAGAAUUCACAAUGGUGAGAAGCCAUAUUCCUGUAGCACCUGUGGUAAAAGAUUCCAUCAGAAAUCAUAUUUACAAAAUCAUUUAAAAAUUCACACAGGUGAGAAGCCAUUUACCUGUGGCACCUGUGGGAAAAGAUUCAUUCAGAAGAUAAACUUAAAAACACACAUGAGAAUUCACACAGGUGAGAUGCCAUAUUCCUGUGGCACCUGUGGGAAAAGAUUCAAUCUGAAAUUAGACCUUGUUCGUCAUGUAAGAAUGCACACCGGUGAGAAGCCAUAUUCCUGUGGCACCUGUGGGAAAAGAUUCAAUCGGAAAUCUGACUUGGAACGUCAUGUAAGAAUUCACACAGGUGAGAAGCCAUAUUGUUGUGGCACCUGUGGGAAAAGAUUCAGUCAGAACUCAACCUUGGCAUAUCAUCUAAGAAUCCACACUGGUGAGAAGCCAUAUCUUUGUAACAUCUGUGGGACAAGAUUCACUUCAAGGAUACAGUUAAAGAAACACAUGAGAAUUCAUUCUGGUUAAAGGUUUCAUGCUCAGAAAAUGUGAGACAGCUGUGAGUUGUACCUGUGUGUUGGUGGUAGAGCUCACACUGAGCAGAAGUCAAAUCACUGCACAAGAUGAGUGAAAAGAUGACCCAUAUUCAAGCCAGUAUUUUCUGUGCAGAGCAGUAAAGAACUCUCUGCAUUGUUUAUUCAGUUUAUUACCUUGAGGCCUUUUUUAUAUGAAUUUUUAUACAGACGCAUAAAUUACGUGCAAAUGUUUGGUACCUUAAAAAUAUUUUUCUGACUUGCCUGUUCAAUCUGUUCUGACCUUGACUCUAUUUAACUCAGAGAGGAAAAGACUGGAAGAUAAGGUUGCAACACAACCAAUACCUUUUUAAAGGAACAAUUCUUGAAUUUAAGAACAAUGGAGUUCUCUUUUAUUAUUUUGAUUUGUAAAGGGCCCAGGUUGUAAUUUCUAUUGUGAAACGGUUACCUGUUGAUGUAUUAACUUAGGUUACAGUUAACUGAACAUUUGUAUGUUAUGAUCAUUUGUACUCAUACUCAGCUCCUCUCAAACGUAGAGCGAGGUGUACUUACCUGGGAGUGGGUUACAUGUAUAAUAAA